CACCAAAUCAACUUUAACGACAAACAUCCACAUAUUCCCGAGAUUUAAGUUCGAUCAAGAUGGCUCAAUCCUUUCGCCAACUCCUCGGCGUCCCACCCUCCACCGCCUCCCCCACCGACUCCGCUCUCCUUAUUAUCGACGCCCAAAAUGAGUACGCCUCCGGUCAUCUGAAAGUCACCAACGCUGAAGCCAGCGGCAAGGUCAUCGCAUCACUCUUGGAGAAGUACCGCGCCGCCAACGGCAAGGUCGUUCACAUCCUCCACAAGACACCUGACGGCGCUCCAAUCUUCACCCCUAGCACUCCUUUGUCUGAGGAGUUCGAUGCUUUGAAGGCCAAGGAUGACGAAGAGCUGAUCUGGAAGGGCCACCCAGGAUCAUUCGCUGAGACGAACCUUGAUGAGGUGCUGAAGGGCUGGGGGAUCAAGAAGGUCGUGCUGACGGGCUAUAUGGCGCAUGUCUGUGUUAGCACCACGGCAAGGCAGGCGAGUCAGAGGGGGUAUGAUGUGCUUGUGGUCGAGGACGGUAUUGGCGAUCGCGACAUCCCGGGGGUGAAGGGAGAGGAACUUACGAGGGUGACGUUGGCGGAACUGGGAGACGUUUUCGCUACGGUUGUGAAGAGUGAGGAGGUCAAGUAG